CCAAGAUUCACCAUGCUUAUCAAGGAGUACCGCAUCCCCAUGCCCAUGAGUGUGGAGGAGUACCGCAUCGCUCAGCUCUAUAUGAUCCAGAAAAAGAGCAGAGAAGAGAGCUGUGGUGAAGGUAGCGGGGUGGAGAUUCUCGAGAACAAGCCCUACACAGAUGGCCCGGGUGGGACGGGCCAGUACACCCACAAGGUUUACCAUAUUGGCAUGCACAUUCCCAGCUGGUUCCGCUCCAUCUUGCCCAAAGCAGCACUGAGGGUUGAAGAGGAGUCCUGGAACGCCUACCCUUACACCCGCACCAGAUACACCUGUCCCUUUGUUGAGAAGUUCUCCAUUGACAUUGAGACCUACUACAAGCCCGACACAGGCAACCAAGCAGAUGUCUUCAACAUGUCUGCAGUAGAGAAGAGGCAGAGGACUAUUGACCCAAUCGACAUAGUGACAGAUCCCAUUCCCCCUCAUGAGUACAAAGCAGAGGAGGACACACGGCUCUACAAGUCGGCGAAGACCCAGCGGGGUCCUCUGCGGGACGACUGGAUAGAAGAGUACAACAAUAACCCAGGGAAGACCCCCAUCAUGUGUGCCUACAAACUCUGCAAGGUGGAGUUUCGCUACUGGGGCAUGCAGUCUAAGAUUGAACGCUUUAUCCAUGAUGUUGGACUGAGAAAGGUGAUGGUGCGUGCCCACCGGCAGGCCUGGUGCUGGCAGGAUGAGUGGUACGGUCUGACCAUGGAGGACAUCCGGCAGCUGGAACUGGAGACCCAGCUGGCCCUGGCCACAAAGAUGGCCCAAUUCAGUCAAGCAGAAGAGGCCACAGAAGCCAACGGCGGUGCUCCGUCUCCGGACAAAGACCAGGAGGCUAAAGAGGCGAUCAGCUCCAUUGAAGCUGAAGAGGUGGUUGUCAGCUCAGGAGGAGAGACUCUCCAGCCACGAGGUGUACUCACCAAGCAGUGGUCCACUUCAUCCAGAUCCUCCCGCUCAUCAAAGAGAGGAGUGAGCCCGUCACGUCACAGCAUCUCAGAGUGGAGGAUGCAGAGCAUAGCGCGAGACUCAGACGACAGCUCGGAUGAGGAGUUCUUCGACGCCCACGAGGAUCUCUCAGAUGGCGAGGAGGUCCUCCCGAAGGAAAUUGCCAAGUGGAACUCCAACGACCUCAUGGACAAGAUUGAAGCUGCAGAUACCGAGGAAACUCCUGGUGAGCUGUUCAAGGAAAUGACAGUGGAUUAUGAAAGAGCAACCAGCGAGGAAAGACUAGAUGAGAUGCGUGGCUCUGUUAGCGGCCAAGUCGAUAGCUCUCCCAUUCCCACCAUCAUGGUAACAAGGCACCAGUCAGAGAGCUCGUCUCAGCAGUGUCUGCAGCCUUCCAAGAUCCAUGUGCUGAUCUUGGUUCUGCACGGAGGGAACAUCCUGGACACAGGCGGAGGCGACCAGAACAGCAAGCAGGCCGACGUCAACACGAUUAGUACAGCUUUCGACACAGUCAUGCGUGUUCACUACCCCGCGGCGCUGGGACGCAUCGCCAUCCGCUUGGUACCCUGCCCUGCCAUCUGUGCCGAGGCCUUCUCCCUGGUGUCCAACCUGAGCCCGUACAGCUACGAUGAGGGAUGUCUCUCCAGCAGCCAGGACCACAUUCCCCUGGCAGCUCUCCCCCUCUUGGCCACCUCUUCGCCACAGUACCAGGAGGCUAUGGCCACCGUCAUCGUCAGGGCCAACCAGGUUUACACAGACUUCAUAAAGUCUCUGGAUGGGGCAGCUUUCUCUGGCCAGGUAUGCCUCAUUGGGGACUGUGUAGGAGGAAUCUUGGGAUUUGAUGCACUGUGCAGUAGCAAUCAGACAGUCAAUGAAAGCCAGAACAGCAGUCGCAGGGGAAGUGUCGUCAGUGUACAGGACCAGGACCUCCUCUCUCCUGGCAUCAUUGUCAACAGCGGCCAUGGGUCGGCCUCGCCAACCCUGGAGGGCAGCCGUCACCUCAGUCGCAGUAACAUCGACAUCCCUCGUGCCGCCGCAGGUGACGACACCAAGCGACAACUGCCACGUAAGAGGAGUGACUCCUCCACCUACGAGCUGGACACAAUAAAACAGCACCAGGCCUUCCUGACCAGCUUACACUCCAGUGUUCUGCGGAGUGAUGCUGUGUCACGCAGGUCGAGCAGCAGCACGAUGCUGGAUGGGGGCUCCCUGGGGAAGUUUGACUUUGAGGUGUCUGACUUUUUCCUGUUUGGCUCUCCACUGGGUUUGGUUCUUGCCCUGAGAAAGACUGUCAUUCCUAUGUUGGAUGUGGCCCAGCUGCGGCCUGCCUGUCAGCAGGUCUAUAACCUGUUCCACCCAGCUGAUCCCUCAGCCUCCCGCCUGGAGCCUCUGCUGGAGAGGAAGUUUCACCUCCUGCCUCCCUUCAAUGUACCCCGUUACCAACGCUUUCCCCUGGGAGAUGGAAACUCCGCCCUACUGGUGGAGACAGUCCAGAGCAACGCUCAGCUGCUACUUGACAGCGGGCCUCCCCUGUCCCUUCGCUGUCAGGAGACCAUCAGUGAGACCUGCAUCCCUGUGCCUGUGCUAAACUGGCAGGAGGGCUCCCUCAAAGCCACACCCGCCACUGUGGAGUCGGAUGUUGUUCAGUCUCAUGGUGGUGUCUUCAUGGACAGUUCGUACCCCUCAUCCCCCGUAACGGGCCCCCUCUCCCGGGGCCAGCGGAGGGCCAGUGAGGUCAGCAUUGCCAGCCAGGUCUCAGGAAUGGCAGACAGUUACACUGCCACCAACAUAGCCAACACCAAGUCAUGCCAAAUUAACCAGUCCAAAAAGUUCAGCCUUUUGUCACAACUCGCCCUUUCAUCGCCAAACAAAUUCUUCCUGAAAAGUCCUCCUAAAUCCCGUAAGAAAGCAGUGGCUGCUGGUCAGGCUGCGGGAUCUCCUGACGCCGAUCUAGUGGCAGAUCUGGACAGUGAGACUAGUGAAACUCUAAGUCCCAUUGGCCAGUACGAGAACUGCCUGUCAGCUGGGCUGGACUGUGCUAUAUCUGAUCUGGUCUCACUGGACUCCCAGGCUGAAGUGGACCAAGUUGCAGCACGUUGGUGGGGCACAAAGCGGCUGGAUUUCGCCCUGUACUGCCCCGACGCUCUGACCGCUUUCCCCACAGUGGCUUUACCGCACCUCUUCCACGCAUCAUAUUGGGAGUCCACCGAUGUUGUGUCUUUCCUCCUGAGACAGGUCAUGAGGCAUGACAACUCUAGCAUCCUGGAACUUGAUGGGAAGGAAGUGUCUGAAUUCACUCCCUCCAAACCUCGGGAGAAGUGGCUCCGCAAGAGGACCCAUGUGAAGAUCAGGAACGUGACUGCUAACCAUCGUGUAAAUGACGCCGUGUUCACAGAAGACUCCCAGCAGGUCGUGACCGGUCGCUUUAUGUAUGGCCCUCUGGACAUGGUCACUUUGGCCGGGGAGAAGGUUGACCUCCACAUCAUGACCCAGCCUCCAUCAGGAGAGUGGGUGUACUUCAACACAGAAGUGACCAACAGCAGCGGCCGUGUGUCUUUUGUCAUCCCAGAGGACAAACGUCUGGGUAUCGGGGUCUACCCAGUCAAAAUGGUUGUCAGGGGCGACCACACAUUUGCAGACAGCUACCUGACAGUUAUUCCACGUGGCACAGAGUUUGUGGUGUUCAGCAUCGACGGGUCAUUUGCUGCCAGCGUGUCAAUCAUGGGCAGUGAUCCCAAAGUGCGGGCAGGAGCUGUGGAUGUUGUCAGGCACUGGCAGGAUUUAGGCUAUUUGAUCAUCUAUGUGACAGGACGACCGGACAUGCAGAAGCAGCGGGUCGUGGCUUGGUUAUCUCAGCACAACUUCCCUCAUGGCAUCGUCUCCUUCUGUGACGGCCUGGUCCACGACCCGCUCAGACACAAGGCCAACUUCCUCAAGUCGCUGACGGAGGCACACUUGAAGAUUUUCGCUGGCUACGGAUCAACCAAAGACAUCUCAGUCUACACCUCCAUUGGCCUCCCUCCUUCCCAAAUAUACAUCGUCGGUAGACCGUCCAAGAAGAUGCAGCACCAGUGCCAGUUCAUCACAGAAGGAUAUGCAGCUCAUUUGUCACAGCUGGAGUACAGCCACCGCUCUCGGCCAGCCAAGUCCAGCAGCGCACGCAUGGUCCUGCGUAAAGGCAGCUUCGGCUUGGGUGCAAACAGCGACUUUCUAAGGAAGAGGAACCACCUGCUGCGCACCAUCUCCUCCCAGCCGGCCCCCAGCUCCCCAACAGGCAACAUCCACAACAGGCCAGAACGCACACAGAGCCAAUCCGACGGCGAGCGGCUGGAGCGAGAGCGGCUGGAGUGCGCUCACAGCUACAGCCAGGGAGCAACGCAGCGCAGCAUGAGCAUCACAGCCGGCUGCUGGGGCCGCAGCAGCAGCACCAAGCUGGAACACGGUGUUCUCAGCCCCAAAUGAGAUAAGGGAGAUGAUGGGAGAGCAUCUUUGGGAGAGUGACUUAAAAAUACAGUGCUGAAGAAGAGACCCAUGAUGAAGAGAAAUGCAAAGAGUGAAAAACAGUUGGCUUGCACCAGAUGGGUAGAUACAACAAUGACAACAAUAGGUGCUACAAACCACUCUUUGUAAACUAAUGCCAGUCACACUCCACACAUAUAUUUAUGAACAGAGGCUAUGGCUAUAUUUAUUAUACAACACACACAACUCAACAGGCAUUUCAAAGAGCAUCUUCCUGAAACAGGAACAUGCACACAAAUAGACAUACAGUAGCUUAUAUUGUAGGGAUCCAGACUGUUUCUACUGUUUAGUAAAUAUUUAUUAGUCUUGAAUACGAGGUCAGUUUUCCUCCUACAGUGGGCUUUUAGAUUGGAGAUGGUUACACAGACAAGCACCCCGAUGCUAUAUACUGCAAACAACUCAAAGUGGUUACAGACAGCCUGUAUCAGGUCCAAGUGCUGAUACUGCACUGUAACUGAGUACUGCCAACACAAGCACAGCAAUUACUAUAAAGAUAUAAACUUUGUGCAUAAUAGUUUUAAAGCUUUGUCCUUUUAAUGUGAUAAUCAGAUACAUUCACGUCUGGGAGCAGAGCGUAGAAUCAGGUAAAACUGGAUUGUUUGUUUUCGAAGUGUGACCAAACAAACACACAAUCAUUUUGCUAAAAAAUAUCUUUUUCAGUUUUGUUUUGUUUUUUAGAAAAAGCAUCAUCAUUUAUCAGCAUUAAAAAUAGGGCUGCGUGUCAUUUAAACAAUCAUGAUAACAGUACAAGUAGAGUAUUUCAUUAAUUCAUUCAUCAUGUGAAUGGAGUGGCGUGUAGUAUAGCUGUACUUUUAAACGUUUAGGUGGCAUCUCCGCACACUAAAAUCCCAACUCUGUCACAAACACCGCACUCAACUACUCACCAAGUACAGAGAAUUCGCCUGCACACACAUACAGUGACAGAGCGCGCAUCACGCGGCUAACGUUACCCAACAGUUACGUUCAUCGUCAGAGUUGGGUCAUUCUUUGUGGUCAGUGUUUUUACCCAGCUGGCACCGGAUGUCAAUAUGACGUCAGAAAGACAUUGGACUCUUACAUCAGACACACAAUAAAUUUUGGUUGGCAUGAAAAUCAGGUUUACAAUAUUUUAAAUAUCUGACAACGUUAAAAUUUUAGAUUGUGUGGACGUUAGUGUUAGGCGACCUUGAGUGGCUUGAAAGGCGCCCUAACAAAUAAAAUGUAUUAUUAUUAUUAUUAUGACAAUUUGCAGACAUUGGAUUUGUUCUCUACACUUCACGACUAAAUGUAGUUGUCAUACGUCAAGAUGAUGUUGGCAUGAGACGUUUGGAAGACACUGGAUUUUGGUUACGUAACAACACAACUUAAAACCAACAAAUUUCUGUCAUCAGUAUUCUACGGUAGAUUGACGUUGGCAUUAGACGUCCUGAUAUUAAAUUUUGGUCACCCAACAUCACAACCUAAAAUUCAACCAAGUAUCAAUGUCUAACGAAGAUUGUGUUGGAUGUUAGCUGUUCCUGCUGUGUUAGUUUGGGCUUAACAGGCAGACAGUGAACUGAUGCUCUCGUUCUGUGGGAGGAGAGCAACUCAGGAGAUGGCAGCAACAGAAAGUUUUCUGAUCUGGCAGGGAAUCAGGAUCAGUCUGGGAUCAGAUCCCAGGGAAAAAAAGAACCGAAUGCAGGUAUCAUUUGGAGACAUUCAUUCAUAGUGAGUUAUUUCAGUUGAUACCUUAGAGGUACCGAUACCUAGUCCUAAUUAAAAACAAUGUUUGGGGGCAUAAGUGGCUUAGCAGGCGCUCCAUGUACAGAGGCUCCGUCCUUGCUGCAGUGGCCCGGGUUCGACUCCAGCUUACGGCCCUUUGCUGCAUGUCAGCCCCCCCUCUCUCUCCACCUUCACACACUUAACUGUCCUAUCCAUUAAAGGCAAAACAAUGUUUGUCUUGUGAGUCAACAUGAAAUGAUUUGAUCGAUACUGGUACUUGAAGCAUUCACAAACAGCAAAUAACAUUUUCACAACCCGUACAGUCCAGUUUUGCUUGUUUUCUAGUCGCCCCUCAGACCAAAGAACCAUCCAAAUAUCACAUGAAGCAAACUGCGAAAUUACCCUUUAAUUAUGGUUGCAGCUGAAACUGUUCCUCGAAUUUUAUAGCGUCUCACCACAUCUCACCGCACUGCGCUGCUGACCCUUCCUGAAUCAAUACCGUGAGACUCAGCCGUAGGGAGAACUCCUAACACAGUCCGAUUAAUGUGCCAAAGUUAACAGUAUAGAAUGAUAUGCUGUACAUGUACAGAGAGGAAGUGAUUUAAGGUCUCCUGUGUAAAAAUCGAACAGAUUGUGUAAGUAUGUAAUCGAACGGCUUCAAGAGGCUUGUACAUAAUUGUUAUAUUACAGUGCAGAUCUGGUAUCUGGUCCACUGAAGACCAGUUUCAAGUGUCUUCUUCACUCUGGGGGUAAACACCGCCUCAUUCAGGAUACACUUUAAUGAUUGACGAUGAUAAUUAUUGUUAUUUAAGAUUAUAGAUAUUUUAAAAUGUAUUUUGUGAACAAAAUGUGUUUUAAGAUUACUUUAGCUAUGCUGUGUUUUUUUUUUCUUCUCUUCAAACUUCAGUUGCAGCAGCCAAAACUCAAAGAGGUCUUUGCCUGGCACAGUAUUGUAUUUUUAUUAUGUUAUCUUGCAGAUCACCAGAAUUGUAUCAACAGAACUGCUAUCUUGUGUCAUAUAUUGUAUGUUAUCUAUUUUGGAAAUUUGGGAUAUGGCUUCUCUCUGGUUAUCCCUAAGCUGUAAAUGAGGCGUUGAAUGUGCUCAUAGAUAAUCCUCCUUAGGUUAAGGUCUUUUUUCUCUGUUCUGCCUUUAGAGGAAGAAAAAUCUGCAAAUUGUAAAUUCUGUACAAUAUGCUGUCGGAAGUAGGAACACAGAGCUAAGACUUUCUUUAUGCUGUUUGCCAUUUAUUUUAUGAAAUGGGUUAAAAAAAGAAAUGUGAUUUUAUUCAUUCAAAUGAUGUUUAUUUGUCCCUCUAAUAGGCAUGUAGAGAGCUGACUGCAAUGGACCAAUAUGGGCUUAAAUGUAAGGGAAACGUGCAAUAUUUCUCAACCGCACCACAAGCUCAAACAGACUGUGUUGAGGAAAUGUCGCAGUGCAUUGACAAUCAGUUCAACAGGCACAUGUUCUACAAGCGUCAAAGUGCAGAGGGAAUCUGAACACAUCUUUGCACUCAGCAAACACAGGGUACACAUUAAACAUUUGUAGAAUCCGUUAAAAAAAGGGGGAGAUUUCUCACAAGAAAGUGCCACAACCCUGAUAAUGAUGAGAUACUACAGUAGGUUUUCGGUUGCCAGUUUAUUAGGUACACCUGUCAAAAAAGAUUGCAGUCUUGAAUCAACUUAAAACUGUAGUUGGUGAGUUGUAUAGAAGAAAAACUUUGUCAUAUUUGCUGAAACUGUCGCUGUAUCCACACAGUAGUACAUGAGACAGAUCAUCAUGCUCCUCUGCCUACUCGUACUGCUUCUACUAGCCUUACUGAGUAUGAACGAAAUAACCAGUUAGAGCAGAGGAGUCUCUAACUCAGAUGUCACCCAUGUCAAUCGCAGCUCGUAAACAUGCAGGCAAAAUGUCAAACUGAUUAAAUAUGAAUCAAGAUCCUGUCGCUGCAUUACCUAUUUCUUGCCUCAAAUGUUUUCAGAAAGAUAUUUUUGUAUACUGUUUAGCUGUAAAAUGAGAAAGUAUGUGAUCCGGCGGCCAUCGAAAUAGUCGAGCAUCAAGCACUGCCCACUAACUAGAUCACAGAUGUAUAAAUGAAAUUAGAUAAAAUGUUUGUAGCAGUUCAGACCUCACAAAUUCAAGUUUAAGAUAAUUAAAUGACUUUCAAGGCCUUUCUAUUAUAAAAUUGAAUUUAAGACAUUAAAGACUCUUUAAGGACGUGUAGACACCCUGUGUUUCUGAAAACAUUUCAGUUUAAAAUAAGGGAUUUGAUCUACACUGUCGAGUUUGACAGUUUGACCUCAGUUCGCUAUCAGUGACAGACAUGAUUGAGAACUGAGUUAGAGACUCAGCUCUGAUUGGUUGUUUCCGGUGCACAGCAGCAGAUUCUAGCCAAUGCAGUUAGAGACGAUGAGAAGGAGAGACAUGAUUGUUUUCACCAACUAUCUGUCUCAUAUAAUACUUUGUGGAUUUAGUGACAGUUUCAGCAAAUGUACCAAAGUUAUUUUCAUUAAAGGUACCAAAUGUAACUUUAAUAGGCAUUGUGGUAGCUGUCGUUUUUAUGCUGUUGAAUUGUGUCGUUACACUGAGAGGUGUUUUUCAUUUUUGUCCACCCUUUUUACAUCAGUAAGUUGAGACUUAAAGCGUGAUAACUGAGUGUAAAUCCCAAUGCAUAGGUACCUAUAACUUCCUUUAUCGAGACUGUUUUUAUCUGUCCUUGGUGUGAUUACAAACCGAACCACAGCCCCUCUGCAUUUUGACCACUUCAGAGAUUCAGCUUGAAGCCAUAUUACAAAACUCUUUUGAAGGCUGCUGAUUAAAGAAUGGCUGUUUGCACAUCGAUAGUGAUUAGAAACAAAAGGGAAGGCAAUGUUGUAAAAAAAAACAAACAUAUACUCGUCUAAAGUUGGCAACUACUGAACCAUAUGUCCUUCCUCAGAGAUCUGAAUAGCCUGGAAAUUAAAAUCCAGAGAAUGUAAAGAUGAAGCGGUGCGGUUGUCUGUGAAGUUCGGACACCUCUGGGCAGACAGUCGCUUCGAUUCUGCUACUGACACACACAUUACCAGAGGCCUUACAUUUCCCUUUUCUGCCUUACAUUGACCAUUGUGUUGCGAGGCCUAGAAUGAACGCUGGUCACUCCCAAAUUGACUUUACGGAAAAGAAUCGACUGUUUACUCUGUGGAAAUAGGAAAAGGCCAUAUUUUCUAAAAAAGGCAUUGGCUUGUUUUCACUUUAAAGGAAAUGUACAAAGGAGAAAUCGUUCACCAACAUUAGGCAAUCUGUCACUGUCUCAAGCUCUGUUCCCCGAGUUAAUGCAAUGCCACCGCUGUUUCAUCAACAGUUAGCAUUCAUAGGCUGUAUAUACAUAUGCAACAUACCUUGGUAAAUAUUUUCAUUGUACAGGUUGUGUAUCUUGUAGGUUUUGGAUAAAAUCAUUUUAUCCACUCCCUUGUGUUUUUAUGUACAGUGUAUAAAGAACAUAUAAAGAACAAGUAAGUCA